UCACGUGUAUACAAUUUCCCUACCUAUUGGGUAUUUCCCAGUGACACAAAAGGAAAACAUGGUAGAUGUGCCUGGGUUGCCGGUAUGUUAUAUCGACCGUAGUAUUGCCCGCACAUCUGUUUUAACCUUUCGGUCAGCUGAUGUUGGAUCCCUGUUCUAUAAUGUAAAGAUGGUGACUUAAAACGGUACAGGUCAUGAAAAAUUAUAAGCAGUGAUGUGAAUCGGUAAAGAUCAUGUGUUAAAUAAACGGUAAUGUGAACUGGUACAAAUACAGCGGUACAUAUCAUGUGCACAAAUAAUAGACGGUGAUUUGAAACGGUACAGGUGACAGACAAUUAUAAGCAGUAUUGGAAAAGGUGGCUUGUAUGUGCUUAGCAGACGGUGCUGUGAAAUGGUAUAGAUAGAACGGUACAGGUCUUGCGCACUAAUGAUAGACAGUGAUGUGAAACGGUACAUAUCACGGAUACUUAUUAGCAGUGAUAUACAACUGUACAGAUAACGUCUAAUCUGACCAUGUAUCGGUAUAUAAGGCGUUGGAGUGGUGGUGUGAGCGUAAACACGUUUUGGAGACGCCUGAUAACGGUUCUGUUGUGUCAGUGUGUAUUAGGUUUUACGUUCAUCCAGUACCAGAACAGUGAACAUCAGACUGUAAGAGACACGUCAUUAGCACCACGUAAACAAGCACCUGCCACACUGUAUCAGAACGCCUCUACGGACGUCACGCCAAAUAGAAACUCCGUCAACGUCACGUCAUACAAUAACUCCGUCAAUGUGAUAUCGAACCACACAAAGCCAGUUCUCCCUGAUUGUCCGUUGGUGCCACCUGAUCUGAAUGGGAAAAUAUCUGUGGAUAUGACUGUGUAUAGCGAGAAAGAGUUGGCUGCGAAACUACCCCUGGUGAAGAAUGGUGGUACUUAUCGACCGUCUUCCUGUGCUCCAAGGCACAAAGUGGCGAUCAUCAUCCCGUACCGUAAUCGGCGCACUCAUCUAAGUAUACUUCUGAAUAACCUUCAUCCAUUCCUUCAGAAACAGCAGCUCGACUACGGCAUUUUUGUCACCGAAUUGGCCCCACAAAUUGAUUUCAACAAAGCAUUAGCAAUGAACAUUGGGUUCCUUGAGGCAGCAAAGAAGUACGGCUACGAUUGUUUUAUUUUCCAUGACGUGGACCUAAUCCCGGAAAACGAUAACAACAUGUACACCUGUCCCGAUAAUCCCAAACACAUGUCUGUGGCCAUCGACAAAUUUGACUACGAAUUACCUUAUGUUAAACUUUUUGGAGGGGUGACAGCGAUGAGGAAAGAACAAUUUGAAGCAGUGAAUGGCUACUCUAACAAGUAUUUUGGAUGGGGUGCAGAGGACGAUGAUAUGUACGCAAGGAUAAGAACAGUGGGCCUCGCAGUGACAAGAUAUACCUCAGAUGUGAGCACAUACCGAAUGUUGCCUCAUCCACCUGGAUACAAAAAUAAAAAUAGACUUCGGCUGCUAGAGACGGGUACUGAUCGGUGGAAACAUGAUGGAAUUAAUACCAUUAAGUACGAGGUGUUAACGACAGUCCGGCAACGACUGUACACCUACAUAUUGGCUGACAUUGAUCAGGACGAUAGAAUUUAUCAAAUGUUGACUACAAGCCAGCCUAAUAUGAACAAACCAAUUCGUUUCUUAGAUGAAAAGGUUGAGGAACUAUUGAUUGAAAAAGCAAAACAUUUAUUGAACACCAAUCGGCUUGACCCCCGGGUAAAGCACAUGUUAAUUUUUGAGUUUAUUUUGUCACAUUCUUCCACGGUUACUACGGAAAAUGUUGCUGGAAUCUUAAGAAAGAUUUUACCUAAUUUCCGCUGGUCUACAGGAGCAAUACAAAACGUGAAUAAUUACCAUCAGGAACAGAGGUCUGCGGACAGAGACACGAAAUUUCAGCUUUUGGGGGGUAAACUCAAAGACGAUAUGUUCUCAAAUAUAAAAAUGAGUUUAAUGAUCAAUAAUUUUAAUGAAAACAUAAAUAAGAUGAUGCAAAAAUCUUUUGAAGAACAAAGAUUGUAUAAGAAGUUUCAGCAUCAAUAAUGUAUCUUCAAUAAGUAAAAAAAAUAUAAAUCGCCCAGUAUCGUAUUUUCAUAACAAUUCUAAAAAAAGAAAUUGGAAAAUAUUUCCCUAAUUAAAACCAGUUUUGACUUAUGAAGUUAUCUCUGAGGUACAAUGGAGAAGAUUAGAACAAUGGAGAAAUACAUGUAAAUAUGAAAUAACUUUUUUGUUUUGUAUUCUCUACACUAGAUUGAUAUUCAGGAUAUACUAAAAAGGCUUGAUUUUAUAAAACAAAAUCAUUGUUUUUCAAAUAAGCAACGGAAUAUGGAGGAAACACCAAUUUAUAAAUGUUUUAAGUCGAUCAAAAAGCCUAAGAACCUUUUAAAAUGUAUACAUUAUAAUCAAUUCCGAAAUCACUUUAUAUUUGAAAUUAUUAAUAAUAAUAAAGAAAUCUAUCUUCAAACAAAAGUUUCUUGAUGCAGAAAGCACAAUAAAGGAAAUAAUUUACUGCAGCAUCUUGCCAUUCCAUCUUUUAAAGACUUACCUGUGUCACUAAGGUAGAUUUAAAAAGGAUUAAAAUCCAAGUCUCAAGUGUUCUAUAGCAUGUGUUCAUACAGCGAAAUGAGAAAAGUGCCUAUAAAACUAUAUUUUGAUUUUAAUCAUACAGUUGUGUGACCGCACAACGCACCAAAAACAGCGUGCGCACACC